GUAAUGAACUUGAUAUUCACAGAAAAAAAGAAGCUUCAUCUUUUUUUAUACCUAGAGAAAAUGCAAAGGCCACUGAAUCCUCAUACAAAGUGUCGUUAUUAAUUGCAAAAACAGGAAAGGCGCAUUCCAUAGGCGAGACUUUGGUCAAACCAGCAGCCAAGAUAAUGACAGAGAUCAUGCUUGGAGAAAAGGCUAGUAAAGAAAUAAACAAGAUACCUUUGUCCAACGACACUGUCAAGAAAAGGAUAACGUCAAUGGCUGAAAAUGUGAAAGUUCAGCUGGUGUCACAAUUACAGCAGAGUCUGUAUUUUUCACUACAGCUGGACGAGUCCACAGAUAUAGGGAACGAGGCAAAUCUUUUGUGCUUUGUUAGGUACAUUUACUGUGGGGAAGUACAUGAUGAAUUUCUUUUCUGUCGUCCUCUUCCUACAAACACAACAGGAGAGGCUAUCUUUAAUGUAGCUAACGAUUUUAUUGUCCAAAAUGAACUCUCCUGGUCGCGAUGUGUUGGAAUCAGCACAGAUGGUGCAACUGCGAUGACUGGUAAACUAAGGGGCCUAGUGAGUCGGGUACAAAGCAUUGUACCACAGGUAAAGGCAACACAUUGUUGCACUCACCGUGAACAACUUGCUGUGAAACAUAUGCCUACCUGUCUUAAAACAGUUCUGGAAGAGGCAGUAAAAAUUGUCAAUUUCAUCAAAGGGAAAGCACUGAACACCCGCUUAUUUACAGUUCUGUGUGAAGAGAUGGGAAGCGAACACACAAAACUCCUUUACCAUACAGAGGUUCGCUGGCUGACACGGGGAAAAGUUCUUUCCCGUCUCUUUGAACUUCGUGAGGAAGUGCAAAUUUUCUUGUAUGAACGUCAUGACCUCUAUAAUCGAAUGCAUGACACCCAGUGGCUCACAAAACUGGCAUACCUGUCUGAUAUUUUCAGUACACUAAACGGAUUGAAUCUGUCUUUGCAAGGAAAAGAUACUACCAUCUUUAAAGUGCAGGACAAAAUACAGGAAACACGAAUGAAGCUGGACUUGUGGUGCGGCCGCAUUGACCGCAAAGAUUUUGAGUCUUUUCCUUCAUUAGCAGAUUUCCUGCUUACUUCCAAGGAAGAGCUAGAUGGUGACACAACACAAGCUUUCAAAGCCCAUCUGCAAGGCCUUCACUCAGAGUUAGGAAAAUAUUUUGAAGAACCAGACCCAAGCUUUGAGUGGAUUAGAAAUCCAUUUGUUACAGAUAAAGUAGAUAUAGAAAAGGUCAGUGUCAACCUGUCAUCAAAAGAGGCUGAUAAUCUUGUCGAGAUUGCAACAAGUGGGACACUGAAGACCCUAUUCAGGGAAAGAAGUUUGGCCAAUUUUUGGGCUCAAGUCCAGCCAGAGUACCCUGGACUUGCAGAAAUUGCUUUGAAACACUUGAUGCCGUUCCCAACAACGUACAACUGUGAAAUUGGAUUUUCUACACUGGUUGAUCUUAAAACGAAGAAGCGCAACCGAAUCAAUGUCGAACCCGAUAUGCGACUGAAACUCAGCAGACUGGAACCAGAUAUUCCAACAGUAGUGAGGCAGCAAAAACAGUAUCAUUCAUCGCAUUAAGUAUGGUUGUGAGAUAUGAGGA